AUGAAAACAUCAUGGGAUUUUUUCGCGUAUUUCAUCUGCGUAUCAAUCUCGUCGAGUUAUGCUGAAACGACGCCACGGUUUGAUAUGCGAGAUAAAGAUGGUAUCAUUUUCGAUCCAAUUGCACCACGCGCAGGAGAAAGGCUAGUGGCCAAAUGCACACUCGUUGGUUUAACUCCAAGCGAUAAACGACACGUUGAAUGGUCAUUGGAGAGAUUUAAUGAUGGGAAAAAUUUCACACUAGCUGUAGAUUCUGAUGUGCUGCAAUUCAACCAACCGGUCCCGCGACUACAAGCAAUACAUGGCACGGAUUCACCGGAUUGGUAUCUCAUUUUUGAUCCGCUCGAUCGUGAUGAUAUAGGAAAUUUAACCUGUCGGUUGACUGACACAAAUUUGCGUGAUGUGUAUUUAACGCGUUUUCUCAAUGUGAUUAGUGAACCCGUGGUCUUGGAAUCUUCAACAAAGGAUAUUGAAGUCAAUGAAGGUGAUUCUGUCACAUUGAUUUGUAAUACUCAAGGGUAUCCAGUUCCGAAAAUUGAAUGGCAAAAGGCAGAUGCGGCUCCUCUAUCAUCGGGUUACAUUCGUCAAGUGGGUUCACAAUUACAUCUACAUCGUGUAACAUCUCGUGAUACAGGAAUUUAUAAAUGUCUUGCGAGUAAUUUGGUUGGCUUUGGCAGUGAAUGGACAUUGAAGCUUUCAGUGCGAUUUCGACCAUUUAUUUACUGUCAAAAUGAAGUUGGUCAAGCAACGGAUUUUCAAGUCGAUGUUUACAUGGAGUGCUAUGUGCAUGGUUAUCCGGCUCCGAAAAUUUCGUGGCGAAAAGAACGAAGUGCCGGUCUUCCGAACAUGAAAUACGACACCGAUAUUUGGAAUUCGCAAAAAUAUUUAAUCGAAGCUACCAUUCCUGAGAUGUCGAUUUGCACCGACUGUAUUCUCUCGCGUUUAACCAUUAUCAAUGUUGAACAAGCCGAUCUCGGACACUAUUACAUUAACGCGACUUCACCGAAUUUUCCACCCGAAUACGGACGAAUAACACUCUACCAAACACCUGAUUGUCAACAAUUUAUCACACAUCGAGACAACAAAGGAUGUAAACGAAUCUACACUCAAAUCUCCUCGAGUGACAAACUCUUUCCACACUAUUCGGCAUUCCAUGUUUUUAUUUCUCUUAUGUUUAUUCGAUUCUUUUAA